AGACGCUGGGCUGGUUGAUGGGAUGGAAGUCAGGUGGUGCAUAAGGGGUUAAACAGCAGCGGGUCUGUGGGUGGGUUUGUUAUUGGGGAGAGAUCUCCCACCCUCCCUCCACUAGUGGAGCCUGUGACACUGCGGAGGAGACAGCUAAGGAGAGAGAAUCAGAGGAGCUGUUCUCAUUUCAGCACCAAGGACAGCAGCCUGCAGCCCCUCUACAUAGCCUGGAGAGACAGAGCCCCCACCCAAAACACAGUCGGAGAUCUGGAUGCAGCUCAGCAAUAACCCAGAUCGAUCACCUGUUUCCAGAAGGAGGAACCCUAUGUAGGAGAGGAGAUCGAUGCAUGGUGUCCGCUCCAGUGAAUGAUUUGCGCACAGGAGCGGUGAUCGCCUCACCUCCCCGACCCCCCCACCUCAUCCCAGCAAGUGAAGGGUUCUCCUGGCUGGUGGCAUCUCGGCUUCUCUCUGGUGGGAGUUGGGGAGCCCCCCAAAGAAAGGACGUUGGCUCAACCGGGGUGUGCGCAAUCCAUGGACAAGAUGCGCCUAUUCCUCCUGGCCGUCUUGUUUUUGUUCUCCUUCGCCAGGGCUGGAUGUGACCCCAAAAUUGUGAACAUCGGGGCGGUUCUGAGCACCAAGAAACAUGAGCAGAUCUUCAGGGAGGCAGUCAACCAAGCCAACAAGAGGCAUGGCACCUGGAAGAUACAGCUCAAUGCCACCUCAGUCACCCACAGGCCCAAUGCCAUCCAGAUGGCACUGUCAGUAUGCGAGGACCUCAUCUCCAGCCAAGUUUAUGCAAUAUUGGUCAGUCACCCUCCAGCACCGACUGAUCACCUGACGCCAACCCCGGUGUCAUACACAGCCGGCUUCUACCGGAUACCGGUCAUUGGAUUGACGACCAGAAUGUCUAUAUAUUCCGAUAAGAGCAUCCACUUGUCCUUCCUGCGUACGGUUCCACCGUACUCCCACCAGGCGCUCGUCUGGUUCGACAUGAUGCGCCUCUUCGGCUGGAAUCAUGUAAUUCUCAUCGUAAGUGACGACCACGAGGGCCGGGCAGCCCAGAAGAAGCUGGAGACCCUGUUGGAAGAGAAGGAAUCCAAGAGUAAAAAAAGGAACUAUGAAAACCUCGAACAACUUUCCUAUGACAACAAGCGUGGACCCAAGGCAGAAAAAGUUCUUCAUUUUGACCCUGGAACCAAGAAUGUGACGGCUCUUCUGACGGAAGCAAAGGGAUUGGAAGCCAGGGUGAUCAUUCUCUCAGCAAGCGAGGAUGACGCAAGUACCGUGUACAAGACGGCAGCUGUAUUGGAAAUGACAGGACCCGGCUAUGUCUGGUUGGUGGGAGAAAGAGAGAUAUCAGGAAGCGCGUUACGAUACGCACCUGACGGAGUUAUUGGUCUCCAGCUGAUUAAUGGGAAGAAUGAAUCUGCUCACAUAAGUGAUGCAGUGGCUGUUGCAGCGCAGGCCAUCCACGAAUUGUUCGAAAAGGAAAAUAUUACAGAUCCACCAAGAGGUUGUGUUGGAAAUACCAAUAUCUGGAAAACAGGGCCGCUCUUCAAGAGGGUGCUCAUGUCUUCCAAGUACCCAGAGGGAGUCACAGGAAGAGUUGAAUUUAAUGAGGACGGGGACCGGAAAUUCGCUAAUUACAGCAUUAUGAACCUUCAGAACCGUAAACUCGUCCAAGUCGGGAUCUUCAACGGCAGCCAUAUUUUGCUAAAUGAUAGAAAGAUCAUUUGGCCGGGCGGUGAAACCGAGAAACCGCAAGGCUACAAGAUGUCGACCAAUUUAAAGAUAGUUACCAUUCACCAAGAACCGUUCGUGUAUGUGAAGCCAGCGCUGCCAGACGGUUCCUGUAAAGAAGAGUACGCCAUUACCGGGGACCUGAUAAAAAAGGUCCCUUGCUCAGGACCCAACGAUACCAUCCCGGGUCGCCCCACGGUACCACAAUGCUGCUAUGGCUUCUGCAUUGACUUGUUACUCAAACUGGCCAAGGAAAUGAGUUUCAAUUAUGAGUUCCACCUGGUGGCUGAUGGGAAGUUUGGGACUCAGGAGCGGGUUAACAACAGUAACAAGAAAGAAUGGAACGGGAUGAUGGGCGAGCUGUUGAGCGGUCAGGCCGACAUGAUCGUGGCUCCCUUAACCAUCAACAACGAGCGAGCGCAAUACAUCGAAUUCUCCAAGCCCUUCAAAUAUCAGGGGCUCACCAUCCUCGUGAAAAAGGAAAUACCCAGGAGUACACUGGACUCAUUCAUGCAGCCCUUUCAGAGCACCCUCUGGCUGCUGGUGGGACUCUCUGUCCAUGUUGUGGCUGUCAUGUUGUAUCUGCUGGAUCGAUUCAGUCCAUUUGGUCGUUUUAAAGUGAACACAGAGGAGGAAGAGGAAGAUGCCCUCACUCUGUCCUCUGCUAUGUGGUUCUCCUGGGGCGUCUUGUUGAACUCUGGUAUUGGAGAAGGGGCACCAAGAAGUUUCUCCGCUCGGAUCCUCGGGAUGGUGUGGGCCGGAUUUGCUAUGAUCAUUGUAGCUUCCUACACUGCCAACCUGGCUGCCUUCCUGGUGCUGGACAGGCCAGAGGAGAGGAUAACAGGAAUAAAUGAUCCCCGGCUGCGGAAUCCCAGCGACAAGUUUAUUUAUGCCACCGUCAAGCAGAGCUCCGUGGAUAUUUACUUCAGGAGACAGGUGGAACUCAGCACGAUGUACCGGCACAUGGAGAAGCAUAACUAUGAGAGCGCCGCGGAAGCCAUACAAGCGGUGCGCGACAAUAAACUCCAUGCGUUUAUCUGGGAUUCCGCUGUUCUGGAAUUCGAGGCCUCACAGAAGUGCGACCUUGUUACUACCGGGGAACUGUUCUUCCGUUCCGGCUUUGGGAUCGGCAUGAGAAAGGACAGUCCGUGGAAGCAGAAUGUGUCUCUGAACAUUCUCAAAUCACACGAGAAUGGAUUCAUGGAAGAUCUUGAUAAAACAUGGGUCAGGUAUCAGGAGUGUGAUUCCCGCAGCAAUGCCCCAGCUACGCUCACUUUUGAGAACAUGGCAGGUGUCUUCAUGCUGGUCGCUGGCGGUAUUGUUGCCGGAAUCUUCCUGAUAUUUAUUGAAAUUGCAUACAAACGGCACAAGGACGCCCGGAGAAAGCAGAUGCAGCUUGCCUUUGCCGCUGUAAAUGUGUGGAGGAAAAAUCUGCAGGAUAGAAAAAGUGGUAGAGCAGAACCUGACCCUAAAAAGAAAGCCUCUUUUAGGUCCAUCACCUCUACCCUGGCCUCCAGCUUCAAGAGACGUAGGUCCUGCAAAGACACGGAGCAAGAAGAUUUGCGCCCAUGCGGAAGAUUUAACUAUAUACCCCCUCCCCCCAACUUACAGAACAGUGGGGUCCAAUGUCCCGGAUGCAAUGACGAUUUACACAAUUCUCCUGCCAAUUGCAGAUGUGACUGGGGCAAUACCAUCCAACUGACAUCACCGGUCAGCUAAAUCUGUCCGACCCCUCUGUUAGCACUGUGGUGUAGUACAAAGAAGAGAGAGAGACAAUGACUGUUCUGCUUGUGGAUGGUAUAUAAUGGACCUAAGACCAACGCGUUUCACAUUUACAUAAUGGUAAGAGACGAGGUGGCAUAAGGACUCUGGGACUGCAUGUUUUACACACAUCCCCUCCCUCUGGCUGGAUUGUUGGAUUUUUACACUUUUACUGGAGACAAAAUUGAACUGAAACUUUGUUCCCACCUUAUAAAUUAGAUACCCCUCCAGCCCGUUUGCUAUAUUUAUUUUUUUCCGAAACGUCAAACAGUUGAUUGGACCGUGAGAACAAUAUUUGAACACUACGAACACUUUGCAUUAUAAUAAUUGAUCUUUUUGCUACUAUAUAAAUGUUAUUAUCGAUCCUAUUCUGCAUAUAAUUUUUUUUUUUGCAUCUAUUUUUUUAUGCAUCAAUUUCUUUUUUAUGCAUUUAUUUCAAUAAGCAUGGGUUAUAUAUUUCUACACAUGUAUAAUUCUGUGUGCAAACUCUUAACCACCUGGUAAAUUAUAUUAACAUAUAUUUAUUUAGUUUUUCUAGGCUAACCCUUCCUUCGUGACUUGUUAUAGUCCGUAACUCGAUCUUAAAGCGGAAGUAUGACAAAAAAUUAUAUUUUGUACGCUGCGUUAGAUUGAAUAUGAUUGACCUUUUUAUUUAUAAAAAAAUAUAUAUAAUAGAGUUGCCACAUAUUUAAAGUGGAUCUGUUGAUAAACACGGCAGAGGCGGCCAUGUUGUGGACUGAACCAAUAUUUAUGAGAAGGCAGCCUAUGAGUUAACUAGGGACCGGUGACAUCCCUGUGUCUUAGUGUUGUUCCUUAGUAAAAUCGCUGGUAUCUAGGCAACUGAUCGGCUGUAUAAAUAUUGUCCCAGCUGUGCAAAAUGGCUGCCUCCGCUGUACGUAGGUGACUUGUCAACGUUAAUUGACAGGUGGUAUGGGAGUUGCUGCCACAGAUUAAUUAUCUGAGCUCCUAUCUAGUCAGUGAGAAUUUUCAUAGUUUUCUCAUGCUUUAAAGCAGGCCUGGCCAACCUGUGGCUCUCCAGCUGUUGUGAAACUACACAU